CUGGUUCUCUCCUUCUCUGCUUGCACCGGAUCGCGGUUCCGUUCCGUGCUCGGUGUUCGCGGUGCGCGGACCGAGCCAUGAAUUGCCGUCGUGCCAAACCCCGAGAGGUGCCCAGUGCUGUAACAGCCUGCCGGGGCCGCCGCCGGCUCCACAGCAGGUCGCGUAACAUCUGCUGGCCGGUUUGAACUCACUGUCUGCUUGUAGGGUUAUUGGAAAGCAACUGGCUCCUCGGGAUUCCUUGCCUAAUCAGAGGUGUUACCUCCUCCUCUUCCCCCAGUGUCUCUUGACAUCAUUUCAUCCAUCAGAGUUUCAGAGGAAAAAAAAACACCAACCAAAGCAGAACCCACCCAGUCUGAGAGCAGCCCACACCAGCCCCUCAGUUUUGCCGUGACUGCAGGGAAGAGCUGGAUCGGGGCAAAGAUGAAGGAUGGGAGCGGGGCUGAACUCCAUGUCCUAAGGGAUUUGGUGCAGGGCGAGCCGAGAGGAAGCCAGAGCGGUGCACCAGCUGGCAUCCCCCGUACCCCGGCAGAGGAUCACUAAGCCCUCCGAUCGCGCGUAAGGAUGCGAAGGUGCUUUUGACCCACGGGAAAGAAGUAGCCCCCAAGCUGCGUUUGUCCCUGCUCGUCUUGGUGCUCCAUGGGAUUUCUUCUGCCCCCCGCAACUGACCUGAUGUGGACCGAAGCGUUUCUAACAUGAACUUUCUCCCUGGGAUCUGGUGGUCUCUUCCCUUGAUCUUGGUCUGGGCGACCCCACCAGUCACCUCCUCAUGGUGGUACAUGGGCGCCGUGGGCUCCUCGCGGGUGAUGUGCGACAACGUGCCGGGCCUGGUGAGCCGGCAGCGGCAGCUGUGCCGGCGGCACCCCGAAGCCAUGCUCUCCAUCGGCCGUGGCGUGGCCGCCUGGACGGCCGAGUGCCAGCACCAGUUCCGCCGGCACCGCUGGGACUGCAACGCGCUGGAGCGGGGGCAGCGCCUGCUCGGCCGCGUCCUGCUGCGCAGUAGUCGAGAAUCUGCUUUUGUACACGCCAUCUCCUCUGCUGGAGUUGUUUUUGCCAUCACCAGGGCAUGUAGCCAAGGGGAGCUGAAAUCCUGCUCUUGUGAUCCCAAGAAGAAAGGCUCUGCCAAGGACAGCAAGGGCCAUUUUGACUGGGGUGGCUGCAGUGAUAACAUUGACUAUGGCAUUAAAUUUGCCAGAGCCUUUGUGGAUGCCAAAGAACGGAAAGGAAAAGAUGCCAGGGCACUGAUGAACCUUCACAACAACAGAGCUGGAAGGAAGGCUGUGAAGCGGUUUUUGAAACAGGAGUGCAAAUGUCACGGUGUGAGUGGAUCCUGCACUCUAAGGACCUGCUGGCUGGCCAUGGCAGACUUCAGGAGAACAGGAGAUUACCUGUGGAAGAAAUACAAUGGAGCAAUUCAGGUGGUCAUGAAUCAAGAUGGCACAGGUUUCACUGUGGCUAAUAAGAAAUUUAAGAAGCCAACUAAGAAUGACCUGGUAUACUUUGAAAGCUCUCCAGACUACUGUAUCAGGGACAGGGAUGUAGGCUCCCUCGGGACAGCUGGUCGGGUGUGCAACCAGACGUCGCGUGGCAUGGACAGCUGUGAGGUGAUGUGCUGCGGGAGGGGCUACGACACCGCCCGCGUCAGCAGGGUGACCAAGUGCGAGUGCAAGUUCCACUGGUGCUGCGCCGUGCGCUGCCAGGACUGCCUGGAGGUGGUGGACAUUCACACCUGCAAGGCGCCAAAGAGCCCUGCCUGGAUGGCCCGGACAUGACCCACAGGCUGCUGGGGCUGGGGACCACAGCCUGGCCAUUCCUGCUCCGUGCUGGGGACCACAGCCUGGCCAUUCCUGCUCCGUGCUGGGGACCACAGCCUGGCCAUUCCUGGUCUGCGCUGGGGACCACAGCUGUGCCCUUCCUGCUCCGUGCUGGGGAUCACAGCCUGUUCCCUUCCUGCUCCGUGCUGGGGAUCACAGCCUGUUCCCUUCCUGCUCCGUGCUGGGGAUCACAGCCUGUUCCCUUCCUGCUCCGUGCUGGGGACCACAGCUGUGCCCUUCCUGCUCCGUGCUGGGGACCACAGCCUGGCCAUUCCUGCUCUAUGCUGGGGACCACAGCUGUGCCAUUCCUGCUCUGUGCUGGGGACCACAGCCUGUGCCCUUCCUGGUCCAUGCUGGGGACCACAGCUGUGCCCUUCCUGGUCCAUGCAGGGAAUGCAUCAGAGAUCUUUUUCAGUUCUAUGCCUUGUUUGCCUUUGUUGUUCAUUGCAGAGAUGCUGCUGAAAAAUUGAUAUGAACCCUGCAGCAUUUACUUUGCAUUUCUGCACAACAGUGUUGCUGCAGAGUUGUCUCUGCAUAAACUGAUGCAGCUCUGGAAGGAUGUACUUAUGCUAAGACUCUUCCAACCACUGUGUAACUCUCCCCCAGAACCCUUGUGGCAAUUCAUUCCUGCCAUCAGGAACACAAGAAGAUACAAAAUAUGGCACUUUUACAAGAUCACCACCACCAACUGCAUGGGCUGGGCUUGUUCAAGCAUCUUCUGAAGGAUCUUGGGCACGUCACGGUUGAGCCCUGGAUACUGAAUGGCUCAGGAGUUUGAGCACUGGUUGGUAAUUUCCCCCUGAAAGAAAAUUCAUGGCCAGAUUGGUGAAGAACUUUACUGGAAGGGUGUUUGUUUUUGUUCAUCCCUGGACUGGAGUUUCCAGCAAGGUGGCCACCUGAGGCCAUCCUGGCCACCUUUAGCACACUGUGGCUUCCUGUGGGGCAGGAAUUGGCCCAUGGCCUAAAACAAAGGAAAUUGCAGGAGAUUUCAGCCACAACACUUUGAACUAGUACAGUCAAACCAAAUGUCUUAGUUACAUGUUUGUGAAAACUUGCCUUAAAAGCUUCUAAAAAUAAUUAAUAUUAACUGCUGAGGACUUUUUUUCUGACCUGAAGGACUGAAGAGAAUGGUUUUUCACCCUAGUGAAAGCUGGAUACAGGACACUCAACUACCUAAGGAUAAGGUUUCCUCUUUUUCACAUACACAAUAGUGGAAAGAUGCUUGCCAACAGUGAUGGAGAAGGAAAUGCCUUGCCUCAGUAAUGACUUGGAUUCUAAAGAACUUAUCAGCUUCUAUGUUCUUUUACAGUUAAUAGAUCUAUUAAAUGUGCUCAAACUGAUACUUUCCACUCAGAUGGGGACAUCCAAAUUAGAUUUUUUUUUCUGCAUAUUUUCUGCAAAACUGCAUAUCUAUGAUUUGGAGUGUAUUGGCUUGUAAUGGAGGCAGUUUCAGGUUGUGCCAGGUCAAUCUGCUGGGCUGGGAUCAGCACAAAACAACAAGUUGCUGUAAAAAUGUGCAGGCAUAUGAGGCCCAGAAAUUGCAGCCUUGUUGGAGAGGAACUGGGUCAGAGAGGGACCAGCUGCCUCUCCUCAGGGCAGAGAUCAGCAGCAUGAACUAAGAGAAAAAUGGAUUCUGUGCCAGUAAGGAUAAUAAGGCUCUGAUAAAGCACCCAUGAAGAGUAGAGAUAGGCAAGGUAAUGAAAAGAUAACAUAGGAAAAGGGGGUUGAAUAAGUUAUAGAACACACUGUAGAUGAAAGUACAAUUUCCAUAUGAAAAUGAAAUAGACUGAAGAACCCUAGCAGGUACAAACAGUGCAGGAAAAAGUAAUAUCCAAGUAGCUAACCAAGGCAAUAAAGGGAAUACUCUGGGUAUGUUUUGCUUUUGGAACUUUCUUGAAAGACUGUUUAAAAAGAAGGGGGUUUGACAUUAAGUGGUCUUGAGGGAGCAGUCAUUUACAUCUGCAAGGUUUUCAAAAAAAUUUGUAUCAUUAAAAUGGGUAAUUCAUCUCCAGAAGGCACAGCUGGUGUUAAAAGAUUAGGAGGCUCCAGAAAGUUCUUUAUUGGGACAAUAAGAUAAGGUUUCAGUUACUGUGUGUGGAAAUGAUCAUGGCUAGAGGUACCAAUACUCACACUUCUGUCUGUAAACCAACUGCUGGUGGGAACAGCCGUGCCCUCGUGUCCGUGCGCGUGCAGUGGAUGUGUGAGAUGUAUGAGAUGUAUAUGUGUACCCAUGGGCAGCUCAGGGGUUACACUGCUGGCCUCUUCGUUGCUGCCAAUUCUGGCUCUGGCCUGGAUAAGGAAAAUUUCAUACAUAAUUGUAUUUAAAGGUGAGCUCCAAGGAGAAUUUUUAUUGGGAUUUCACUGUGAAAUUAAAUCCACAUGUAGUUGUAGCCUCAGCAAUAUCGUACUUUAAGCCUUAAAGAAUUUAAAAGCAGUAUAAUAAUUUUUAACCUUUUAGAGCCAUUUCUUUUUUUAAGAUUUUAGGAGCCUGAGUAGUCUAAAAGAUUAUCUAUUUAAUAAAGCUGAAAGUAUUUCAAUGUUCUGGAAAAAAGAAAAUAGGCUCAUUCUUACAAGAGAAUUGUUAUAGGUAGUCAAAUGAAGGAUAAUGAAAUCAGAUCUCUUCUUAAAUCUGUUAUUUGUUUAAUAUUCCAGAUUAUCAACUCACCUGAAUUCUGCAGUUCCAGAUAAAGUGUUUUAGAAUCACUGUGUAAGUGUUUUACAAUCACUGUGUUAAAAGUGUAUUAGCUUUUAUUCCCCAGCCUGGU